AUGCCGCCGGUCGGGUGCGUGCCGUCGCAGCGGACCCUCGCCGGCGGCCUCGGCAGGGACUGCGACCCGGCUCGCAACCACGCUGCGCAGCUGUACAACUCCAGGCUGAAGGAGGAGAUCGCGCAGCUGCAGGAGGAGUUGCAGUGCCAGAAGAUCGGCUACGUGGACAUCUACGACAUCCUGCAGGACAUGAUCACGAACCCCUGCAAAUACGGCAUCGAGGUCUCGACGAGAGGAUGCUGCGGCACCGGGGAGUUCGAGGUGUCGCUCCUGUGCAACCAGGUGACGGCGGCGACGUGCCCCGACGACCGGAAGUAUGUCUUCUGGGACAGCUUCCAUCCUACCGAGAGACCAUACGAGAUUAUCGUGGACUACCUGUUCCCAAGAUACGUAGAGAACCUACUAUGA